UUGUACACAGAUAUCAACGAGUGUGCUGGGAGAAAUGCAUGUGAUGAUAAUGCAGACUGUUUUGAUAGUGAUGGUAGUUACUGGUGUCAGUGUCUGCCAGGAUUCCAGGGAGAUGGAUACAACUGUACAGAUAUUGAUGAGUGUGAGAAUGUGACAUGUGGUGAGAAUGCUGAAUGCCUCAAUACUGAGGGGAGCUACAGCUGUGGGUGCAAGUCAGGAUUCACUGGAGAUGGAUACAACUGUACAAAUAUCAAUGAGUGUGCUGGGAACAGUACAUGUGAUGAUAGUGCAGACUGUGUUGAUAGUGACGGUAGUUACUGGUGUCAGUGUCUGCCAGGAUUCCAGGGAGAUGGAUACAACUGUACAGAUAUUGAUGAGUGUCAGAAUGUGACAUGUGGUCAGAAUGCUAAGUGCAGAAAUACAGUGGGGAACUAUAAGUGUCAGUGUGACUCUGGAUUCACCGGAGAUGGAUACAACUGUUCAAAUAUCAAUGAAUGUGUUGGGAGCAAUGAAUGUGAUGAUAAUGCAGCCUGCCAUGAUAGUGUUGGUAGUUACUUGUGUCAGUGUCUGCCAGGAUUCCAGGGAGAUGGCCACAGUUGUGCAGAUAUCAAUGAGUGUAAGAAUGUGACAUGUGGUGAGAAUGCUGAAUGUCUCAAUACUGAGGGGAGCUACAGCUGUGGGUGCAAGUCGGGAUUCACUGGAGAUGGAUACAACUGUACAAACAUCAAUGAGUGUCAUAAUGUGUCAUGUGGGGAGAAUGCUACAUGUACUGAUGAAGUGGGAAACUACAGCUGUGAAUGUGAUUCAGGAUUCACUGGAGAUGGAUACAAUUGUACAGAACCAACAGAUCCAGUAGAUCCAGUCACGAUAGUGGCAAUAGCUGUUUCUGCACUUGUCUUUACACUGAUUGUGAUACUACUCCCCAUUGUGCUGUGUCUAAGGAUACUUCGACCAAAAGAUAUUACGUUUGAUGAUCUGACAGUGAAGGAAAUAAACCCGUUCUACAGUCCCAAAUUGAGGGGACAGUCUAUCAUGUCGAUUCACAGCGAGUACGAAUAUCUGUGCACAUUGACACCCAGUCACUCGACUGAUGAACCAAUUGAACAGCUGCUGGAGAACGGAACCGUUAAGGAAAACGAGAAGGACCCUGUUGUUAGUUCUCAUCAUUUGAAUGAAGAUUUGAAAAUGGUGCUGCCACUUGAUAAAGACAAGUUACAUGACAGCUUCCGGGCGUCCAGCUGUGUGUCAGGCAACAAUGAUUCACUCCCUUGCCCCUACAUUGACGAGGAAUCAUUGGGUGGCCGUGGAACAGUGGAUAUUCCUCAGCGAUUCAAGAAUGAAGUUCAUAAUACUUCUGAAAACUCUACACUCGAUUCAUCUGGUUCACACAUGGUGCUUUCCUCAGGGUAUGUUAAAGACAGCUCUGAGCCCCGCCAAAACUUAGUUAUGGAGUCAGCGGCAAAGUGGGAGGAAAUGGAGGACGAAGGGGAGAGAGGGGAAAAGGGGGCAAGGGGAGAGGUUGAAGACCAAGACGGCAGCAAAAUCUCAGACCUCACUGGUGGCUACGUGUUCUCUGGCAUUGAAAUUGAACAAGAGAGUCUGUCAAACAGUGGUCAGGUCCACAUUUUUACCACAGGAGAUAUCAACGAGUGUGCUGGGAGAAAUGCAUGUGAUGAUAAUGCAGACUGUGUUGAUAGUGACGGUAGUUACUGGUGUCAGUGUCUGCCAGGAUUUCAGGGAGACGGAUACAACUGUACAGAUAUCAAUGAGUGUGAGAAUGAGACAUGUGGUGAGAAUGCCGAAUGUCUCAAUACUGAGGGGAGCUACAGCUGUGGGUGCAAGUCAGGAUUCACUGGAGAUGGAUACAACUGUACAGAUAUAGAUGAGUGUGAGAUUGGGGACUGCAUUUGCUCAGAGAACGCAGUCUGCAUCAACAUUUAUCGCGGCUACGAGUGCCACUGUGCACCAGGCUUUACUGGAGAUGGUCAGAACUGCACUGAUAUUGAUGAAUGCAGCAGUGAUGGUGAUAUCUGUGCUAACGAUACGCACACGGUGUGCAAAAACUUUGUGGGCCAAUACACAUGUGAAUGUCAAGAAGGCUACUACAGGGACAUCAAUGGCACAUGCAGAGAAGGUCCCAACACUGCCUUGAUAGUAACAACUGCUGUUUCUGCAUUAGUUCUGACACUGAUUGUGGUACUACUGCUCAUUCUGCUAUGUCUAAGGAUACUUCGACCAAAAACUGUCACAUAUGAUGAUCUCACAAUAAAGGAAAUAGACCCGUACUACAGCCCGAAAUAUCUGGGACUUUCGGUCGAGUCAAUUCACAGCGAGUAUGAGUGUCUGCACCAGCUGAAAUCUGCUCCCUCCAUUGAAAACAUUGAACAACUACUGGAGAAUGGAAACGACAUGGAGGAGGAGGCUCACCCUGUUAUUAACGAAAUAGGCACUUCCUCUGAUCCAUCAUCACAUACAAACGAUUCUGUUCGGGAAGAACCACAGGAUAAAAACAAAACAGGAACCACUUUUGAUCCAUCGCAAGAGAAGAUUGAAUCGAAAACAGAGAAAGUUUCCGAUUCUGUGAGGGAAGAACUACAGGAUAAAGACGAAACAGGCACCUCUUUUGAUUCAUCGCAAGAGAAGAUUGAUUUGAGAACGGAAGAAGUUUCUGCGCAAGAGCCAUUGGGCGAAGAAAGCUCGGGGAAGUGUGUGUCGGGCAAAAAAGAUUCAAUCUCUCCUCCCAAAGCUGACGAGCAAUCAUUGAGUAACCAGGACGGGACAGACAAAGUUCCUCAGGCUCACAAUGACGACCUUUCGAACGCUUUUGAGAGCUCUCUAUUGGGUGCAGUAGGUCCUUCCGAGAGAGAUAUUAAUGACUUGAACUCUAGAGAAAACUCUCCAUCCACUUCAGCCACAAGUAACCCCUCCUAUCCGUCUGGACAAGUAGUUGACGACGAGCUGCAACCCUCGGUAUCAUUCCACCCAUCGGACACAAAAGGUAGCAAAGAGGAGAAGAGGGAAGUGGAAAAGGCGGGCGAACAAGAAAACGUUGAAACUGACCCCAAGUGCAAUGGUAUCUCCUCUGGUGCUGAAAAUGGAGCAGAGAGUCUGUUAAAGUGUGAAGGAAAGAAGCAAUCACAUGGAUUUGUCAAUUUCUUCUCUCUACCACAUGCCCAAGAAGCUGCCGAGGCGUUGAACGGUAGUCUGAUUGGAGGGAAAGUAGUUAAGUGCAAAGCCAGCACUGAGCCUCGGUACAGACAGUACAAACGAGCGGAAGACCCUCCUGUGGCAAAACAAAUAGACAAAAUACUUACGAAAACUCCUUCCGAAGCAGAGUGCACCGUCAAAGUGUCAUGCAUUGCAAAGGCCACCACUGAGCGCACUCUUUUCAUUCUCUUCUGCCUUGAAGACGGCGAGGAUCCCGAGAGCGUUAGGAUUAUUCCCUGCCCGGAUAAUCCCUUCAACCAUGCCGUUGUGAAGUUCUUCUCACAGGCAGAUGCCGAGAGGGCAGCCAAGUGCCUAGACCACUUUCACGUUGACGGGUCUCAAAUUAAAGUAAAGCUGCACCCUAGCAAAGACUCUGCUCAACGACCAGGCACAGUCUCACUAACUGUGUUGCCCAGUCACACUGGUGUGCCUCAGCCCAACGAGUCUGGCAGUAGAUCAAAACGACGACCACCACGUCCUAGCUCAGCCUCCACACCUGCACCUCCUCCUAGCACAGAGUCGUCCACCGUGAAAGCGACAUUCACCGGCAGACUGACACCAAAAGACACUAGCACUUGUACAGCAGGGCCCAGUGAUAUUAGCUGUUCGUCACUGGUUGCCUCCAUCCUACACAACAAGUGCAAGUCAGAGCUGGAGAGGCUGCAGCAAGAGCACCAGGUCUCGGUCACACUCAUGCUCUCUCCUGCCUGCAUCAGAAUCUCUGGGGAAAGAGAGAAAGUCGCGACCGUGGAGGAACAGCUACGGGGUUUAAAGGAGAGAGUGGAGAAGGAGAUCAUCGGAAGGGACUUUAACCUCCCGUUUCAUUGUGUACCGCUGUUUGAGCAAGAUGCAGCCAUGCAGGAGCUGAGAAAGAUUGAGGCAAGUCACGGGGUCGAGUUCAAUGUACGGAGGGGAAUGCCUCGAUCCAGUGUCGUUAGCAUAGGAACAUUUUCCGAUGAUGUCAAGCAGUGCUUCAGUCGGGUAAAGAAUGGAGGUGGCGACAGCAUUCCCUCCUGCUCAGGGCUGGGAUCGUAUUUCUCGCAGUCAUCAGCCACAGGGUCUGGAGCAAGCGUCAGGAGUCCCCGAUGGUUCUUCAAAGACGACGGUGGCAUAUUUGUCGAAUACAUGGCAGAACAGUCGACUAAGCUCGAGGGAAUGUUCCAAGCAAAACUUUCCCGUCCCUUGCUCAUCAAUCGCAAUGUUUAUACCUUUGAUUUCACCACCAUGACUCAGCGUAAUGUGCACAGUGGGAGGUCGCGGCCAAUCGAGCGUCAAGUUCAAGCCCCCGACAUCAAGCGCAUGGUCAUUCUACGUGUCACUGGCCUUCCCAGCACUCUUGACUCCUCAAUUAGGGAGCUUCGAGAGUCCGUCAAAACCGCUACCAUCGAGAAAGAGUGUAAGCUGUACGACGACAGCAGUGACAGCUUGAAGAAGCGACUUUUGGCAAAUGUGAACAAGUACUUUGUGACUGCACAGCUCGCUGAAGGACGACUCACACUCAAAGGAAUACCAGGCUAUGUCGAGAGGGUGUACCUGGCAGCAGAGGAAGAAAAGAUCUCGGAACGCGAGGUGCAGAUACACGCAGCCAUGAGAGGAGGAGAAUCGGAAGUGCCGGCUCACUGGCGACCGCAGUCUGAGGAAGUGAUCCUAGACCUCGUAAAACAGUACUCUGAAGAGUGGCGAAGAGAGGAGGCAAAUAUUCGCAAGACUCUCCAGGGUGUAACAGUUGUGAGGCUGGAGCGCAUCCAAAACAAGUGGCUGUGGGAGAGGUACUCGUUUUCAAAGAGACGAAUGCUCAAAACGAACAGGGGUCACGUGAACGAGAUGCAUCUCUUCCACGGAACUCGCAAAACCGAACCCGAGAAAGUAUUCAGGUCAGAGAAAGGAGUAGAUUUCCGUUUCUCGAGGGAAGGACUGUGGGGCACUGGCUCGUACUUUGCUGCGAACGCCUCGUACUCGGACGCAUAUGCUUACAGUACACCGGGUGGCAUCAAUGAGAAACAGAUGUUCAUUUGCCAAGUUCUGACAGGGGACUGCUAUGAUGCUGGCACCAGAAAUGAUCAGUCACUUAGACAGCCUCCCCUCAAGUCUACUCAGGGCCACGAAGAGAAGAGAUACGACAGUGUCAAAGGCUUCACCAAUGGAUCGUACGUGUACGUAGUCUAUGACCACGAGAAGGUGUAUCCAGCAUACCUUGUGACCUACUCUACAGAUGGCCUGCCGUAUGUUCCAUCCUCCUAUUCAUAUCAGCAUCGACAGGCUCCACCAGCAGUCCCACCCAGACCCAGUUCAACCCCUAACAAGUCACCGAUAAAAGCCAAAAAAGACUCGUGCCUUAUAUCAUAA